GUGAGUGUGGUUCAGGACUCUGUGAACAUCUCUGGCCAGUCCAACAUGAACAUGCUGAAGGUCCCAGAGUGCCAGCUGUCAGACGACCUGGGGAGCCUGUGGGAGUGUUCUCGCUUCACUGACUGUUCCCUCUAUGUGGGGGGGCAGGAGUUCAAGGCACACAAAUCCAUCCUGGCAGGUACCACUACUACUACUACUACACCACUACUACUACUGCUACACCACCACAACACUACUACACCACUACUACUACUACUACUACUACUACUACUACUACUACACCUACACCUACUACCACUACUACUACUACUACUACUACUACUACUACUACUACUACACCACAACUAAAUACAAAACCAUACUACUACUACACUACUUCUACACCACUACUACACUGCUACUAAUAGUACUACUACACCACUAAUACUACACCAGAAGUACUACACCACCACUACUAAUACAGUACUACACCACUACUACACCAUUACUACAAUACUACCACUACUACUACUACACUAAUAUAACUGCUACACUAGUACUACUACUGCUAUUACUACAUCACUACUACUGCACUAUUACUAUUACUACUACUACUGUACUACACCACUUAUACACAAUUAGUAUGCCACAACUACACCAUUACUACUACACCACUACUACUACACUACUAGUUCCCUCUAUGUGGGAGGGCAGGAGUUUAAGGCAUACAAAUCCAUCCUGGCAGGUAAUACCGCUCAGCCAAGCAGUACCUGGGUUCUAAUCCCCUGACCCUAGCCCUCCCCUCCCUCUGGCUAUCUCCCAUACCCUCCGUCCAGCAGUACCUGGGUUCUAUUCCCCUGACCCUAGCCCUCCCCUCCCUCUGGCUAUCUCCCAUACCCUCCGUCCAGCAGUACCUGGGUUCUAAUCCCCUGACCCUAGCCCUCCCCUCCCUCUGGCUAUCUCCCAUACCCUCCGUCCAGCAGUACCUGGGUUCUAAUCCCCUGACCCUAGCCCUCCCCUCCCUCUGGCUAUCUCCCAUACCCUCCGUCCAGCAGUACCUGGGUUCUAAUCCCCUGACCCUAGCCCUCCCCUCCCUCUGGCUAUCUCCCAUACCCUCCGUCCAGCAGUACCUGGGUUCUAAUCCCCUGACCCUAGCCCUCCCCUCCCUCUGGCUAUCUCCCAUACCCUGCGUCCAGCAGUACCUGGGUUCUAAUCCCCUGACCCUAGCCCUCCCCUCCCUCUGGCUAUCUCCCAUACCCUCCGUCCAGCAGUACCUGGGUUCUAAUCCCCUGACCCUAGCCCUCCCCUCCCUCUGGCUAUCUCCCAUACCCUCCGUCCAGCAGUACCUGGGUUCUAAUCCCCUGACCCUAGCCCUCCCCUCCCUCUGGCUAUCUCCCAUACCCUAGCCCUCCCCUCCCUCUGGCUAUCUCCCAUACCCUCCGUCCAGCAGUACCUGGGUUCUAAUCCCCUGACCCUAGCCCUCCCCUCCCUCUGGCUAUCUCCCAUACCCUCCGUCCAGCAGUACCUGGGUUCUAAUCCCCUGACCCUAGCCCUCCCCUCCCUCUGGCUAUCUCCCAUACCCUCCGUCCAGCAGUACCUGGGUUCUAAUCCCCUGACCCUAGCCCUCCCCUCCCUCUGGCUAUCUCCCAUACCCUGCGUCCAGCAGUACCUGGGUUCUAAUCCCCUGACCCUAGCCCUCCCCUCCCUCUGGCUAUCUCCCAUACCCUCCGUCCAGCAGUACCUGGGUUCUAAUCCCCUGACCCUAGCCCUCCCCUCCCUCUGGCUAUCUCCCAUACCCUCCGUCCAGCAGUACCUGGGUUCUAAUCCCCUGACCCUAGCCCUCCCCUCCCUCUGGCUAUCUCCCAUACCCUAGCCCUCCCCUCCCUCUGGCUAUCUCCCAUACCCUCCGUCCAGCAGUACCUGGGUUCUAAUCCCCUGACCCUAGCCCUCCCCUCCCUCUGGCUAUCUCCCAUACCCUGCGUCCAGCAGUACCUGGGUUCUAAUCCCCUGACCCUAGCCCUCCCCUCCCUCUGGCUAUCUCCCAUACCCUCCGUCCAGCAGUACCUGGGUUCUAUUCCCCUGACCCUAGCCCUCCCCUCCCUCUGGCUAUCUCCCAUACCCUCCGUCCAGCAGUACCUGGGUUCUAAUCCCCUGACCCUAAUUGGAUAUUGCCAGUAGCUGCAAUAUGAACAUGUGUUGUUAAUAUUAUGUUAUGUGGUUUUUGCCUUGAAUCUUACUGAUGUUGUUGUCUUUGAUUGACAGCGAGAUCUCCCGUCUUUAGCGCCAUGUUUGAACAUGAGAUGGAGGAGAGUAAAAAGGUAGGUGUAGUUUUAUUUUAACGGAAUGACCGUUCCAGAUAUGAAAGAUACUACUGGUUUACUCCUCUAGUAGACACAGUGAUUUCAAACACACUGUUGUCGCCCUCCCUCUGUGUUCUGUCUCAGAACCGUGUGGACAUCAGUGAUGUGGACCCAGACGUAUUUAAGGAGAUGAUGGGAUUCAUCUACACAGGUAAAGCCCCCAACCUGGAGAAGAUGGCCGACAACCUGCUGGCAGCUGCUGACAAAGUAAGUCAUAGACAUAAGAAAUAAUCUGCCUGUUUCAAAUGUUGUUGUGUCAGCGCUUCCUCAUUCAGCACUUCCCUUCUCUCUCAGUAUGCUGUACUGUUAAGGGGAGAUGGUGUAACCCUAUAGUUCCCUUCUCUCUCAGUACGCUGUCCUGUUAAGGGGAGAUGGUGUAACCCUACACUUCCCUUCUCUCUCAGUACGCUGUACUGUUAAGGGGAGAUGGUGUAACCCUACACUUCCCUUCUCUCUCAGUACGCUGUACUGUUAAGGGGAGAUGGUGUAACCCUAUAGUUCCCUUCUCUCUCAGUACUGUUAAGGGGAGAUGGUGUAACCCUACACUUCCCUUCUCUCUCAGUACGCUGUACUGUUAAGGGGAGAUGGUGUAACCCUAUAGUUCCCUUCUCUCUCAGUACGCUGUACUGUUAUGGGGAGAUGGUGUAACCCUACACUUCCCUUCUCUCUCAGUACGCUGUACUGUUAAGGGGAGAUGGUGUAACCCUAUAGUUCCCUUCUCUCUCAGUAGAUUGGACUGUUAUAAUAAUAAUAAUAUAAUAUGCCAUUUAGCAGACGCUUUUAUCCAAAGCGACUUACAGUCUUGUGCGCAUACAUUUUUACGUAUGGGUGGUCCCGGGGAUCGAACCCACUACCCUGGCGUUACAAGCGCCAUGCUCUACCAAUUGAGCUACAGAAGACCACAAAGUUGUAUUGUCAGUGAUCCAAUUUAGAUGUUUUGUCAUUUAGCAGACGCUCUUAUCCAGAGCGACUUCCAAUUAGUGAGUGCAUACAUUUUUCAUACUGGCCCCCGUGGGAAUCGAACCCACAACCCUUGCGUUGCAAGUGCAAUGCUCUACCAACUGAGCUACAGGAGGGCUGUAACCCUACAGCUCUCUUCUCUCCCAGUACACUGUUAGACUGUUCCUCUUCCAUUCAGACCGUUCUGACCCCUAACCAACCUCUGUCUCUCCUCCAGUACGCAUUGGAGCGUUUAAAGGUGAUGUGUGAAGAGGCUCUGUGCAACAGCCUCUCUGUGGAGAACGUGGCUGAUACCCUCAUCCUGGCAGACUUACACAGUGCCGAGCAGCUCAAAGCACAAGCCAUAGAUUUUAUCAACAGGUAAGUAUCUGUAGAAAGUCCCAGUGAUGAAUUCCUCCUGCCAGCUGUUUACCUUCUCUCAGCGCUGCUCUGUUAUCUCCUAUAGGUGCAGCGUCCUCCGACAGCUGGGCUGUAAAGAUGGGAAAAACUGGAAUAGCAAGUAUGUAACUAUCUGAUAUACAUGUAAAUGUGACACCAGAUUAAUAACAAACUCUUAUCUCUUCCAAAGAGAUGCAUUGGGGAAGGGGAGGGGAGGGAAGGGGAGGGGGGGUUAGAUUAAUAGACUCUACCUGGAUAAAACUUUCGGAAUGGAACUGUUUUAGAAUAUGAAAUGAAAAAUGAGUUUUAUUCUGUGUGAUGUUGUUAAGGACACCUUCAACCUAGAUUGGUUUUCAAUGUCUCUGUGUUAAUUUCCUGUCUGUGUGGUUGUGUUGCAGUUAUGCCACGGACAUAAUGGAGACGGCAGGCUGGAAGUCAAUGAUCCAGUCCCACCCUCACUUAGUGGCUGAGGCCUUCAGAGCCCUGGCAUCGGCACAGUGCCCACCCUUCGGCCUGCCGAGGAAACGCCUAAAACAGUCCUGACUGCUACAGCCCACUGAUACAGACACUAGGAGCUGAGGCAGCCCUCUGAUCCAGACACUAGGAGCUGAGGCAGCCCUCUGAUCCAGACACUAGGAGCUGACAGCUGAGGC